GCCCAGAGUCGCGAGCGGGCUGUGGUGGCGCGGCGACCCGGAGGCAGCUCUGCUAGAGCGGCGGCGGGACGGAGGCUGGGCUGGGGAGCUGGUGGUGGCGCGGACCUCAGCGCCGACGCCGGGACUCUGCUCACCCCGACACUGGUGAGAGAGAAAAGCAGAAACACAAAGGAAAUUCUCAACCUUAUGACAUAAUGCCAGCAGCUGACAGAAAACUGAAAUUUGUGUUUCUGACUCUAUGCAACUGACGGGAUGCCUGACUCGGGUGCUCUAGAUCUCUGCCUGGCAGCCCGACCUAAGGCAAGGAGGACUUUGCUGGCUUUCACGGACUGACAGCUGUGAUAGACUGGAGGCCCAAGCUCGCGGUGCUGCUGCCCUGAUCGCCCCAGACGUCUCUCUGGGGUCUACUUGAGGUCAGCAGGGUGAAGAUGAGCAGCCUUCUCUUAGCAUGACGACCUUGGACCAUGUCGUCGCUACCCACCAGUCAGAGUGGGUCUCCUUCAGUGAAGAGCCCCUGUUCCCCGCCCCUUCAGAGGGGGCCACAGAAGAGCACUUCCCAGGAUCAUCAUCUUCCUCAGACCCGUCUGAGAGCUCCUCCGGGGAGAAUCCUGCCGUGGAUGGAGGCUGCCAGGACCUUUCCCACUCUGAGCAGGAUGACUCCUCUGAGAAGAUGGGCCUCAUCUCUGAAGCGACCACCCCUCCCGGGAGCCCAGUGCAGCCCACACCUGACCUGGCCUCGGCUAUCAGCAACUGGGUCCAGUUUGAAGAUGAUACGCCUUGGAGCAGCACCUCACCACCUCACAAGGAAACCGCCCUCACAUUGACCAUGCCUUGCUGGACGUGCCCUUCCUUCGACUCGUUAAGAAGGUGCCCUUUGACCUCCGAGAGCAGCUGGACGACCCAUUCUGAGGAUACCAGCAGUCCUAGUGUUGCUCCUUCAUACACGGACCUGCAGCUCCUCAGUACUGAGGAGCAGGCAAGCGGCCGGGCUUCCAGGACCGACUCCACGGACAAUUCCUCCUCCCUCCAGGAAGAUGAAGAAGUAGAGAUGGAAGCAAUCAGCUGGCAGGCCGGCAGUCCAGCCAUGAAUGGGCACCCUGCCGUCCCACCAGUGACCACUGCCCGUUUCCCCAGCUGGGUCACUUUUGAUGACAAUGAAGUCAGCUGCCCUUUGCCACCUGUCACCUCUCCCGCGAAACCAAAUACACCAUCGGUUGCAACUCCCACCCCAGAUGCAUCUUACAACCCAACUGGGUCAUUUAAGAGGGACCGUCCCAAGAGCACACUGAUGAACUUCUCCAAAGUUCAGAAGCUGGACAUUUCCUCCUUAAACCGUCCGCCUUCCGUAAUCGAGGCACCGCCCUGGAGGGCCACCAACCCUUUUCUGAAUGAGACACUGCAGGAUGUACAGCCCUCCCCUAUCAACCCGUUUAGUGCUUUCUUUGAGGAGCAGGAGCGGCGCUCCCAACGCAGUUCUGUUUCCACGGGCAAAAGCCAAAGAGAUUCUCUCGUUGUCAUCUACCAGGAAACCAUCAGUUUUGACGAUUCCUCCAAAAGCCAGCCCCACCCCGAUGCUAUUGAAAAGCUCAAACAGCUCCAGAUUGAUGACCCCGAUCAGGUCGGCCCUGCUGCCUUGCCUGAUGACGACCCCAUAGCCUGGGUUGAACUAGAUGCUCACUCACCUGCCUCAGCUCUGUCUCAACCCAGGGAUGGAUGGCCGAUGAUGCUGCGAAUCCCGGAGAAGAAAAACAUCAUGUCCUCUAGGCACUGGGGACCAAUCUACAUCAAACUGACAGACAGCGGCUACCUGCAGCUGUAUUACGAGCAGGGCCUGGAAAAACCAUUCCGUGAAUUCAAGCUGGAGAUCUGCCAUGAGGUUUCCGAACCCCGGCUCCAAAACUAUGAUGAGAACGGGAGGAUCCACAGCUUGAGGAUAGACCGGGUCACUUACAAAGAGAAGAAGAAAUACCAGCCCAAACCGGCUGUGGCCCACACAGCCGAGAGGGAGCAGGUGAUUAAACUGGGUACCACCAAUUAUGAUGACUUCCUGAGCUUCAUCCAUGCGGUUCAGGACUGUCUCAUGGAUAUACCGGUGCUCUCCAUGGACUUGAGCACGGUUGGCUUAAACUACCUCGAAGAGGAGAUUACGGUGGAUGUGAGAGACGAAUUCUCUGGCACCGUAAGCAAGGGAGAAAACCAGAUCCUCCAGCACCGUGUCUUGACCCGGAUCCACGUCCUGAGUUUCCUGUCUGGGCUCGCCGAGUGCCGCCUGGGCCUCAAUGACAUCCUUAUCAAAGGAAACGAAAUCGUUUCCCGUCAGGACAUCAUGCCCACCACCACCACAAAGUGGAUCAAGCUCCACAAGUGCCGGUUCCACGGGUGUGUGGAUGAGGACGUGUUUACCAAUUCCCGGGUUAUUCUUUUCAACCCUUUGGAUGCGUGCCGGUUUGAGCUAAUGAGGUUUAGGACAGUAUUUGCCGAGAAAACCUUGCCCUUCACGCUCAGGACGGCAGCGAGCAUCAACGGGGCAGAGGUAGAGGUGCAGAGCUGGCUGAGGAUGUCGCCUGGCUUCUCAUCUAACCGUGACCCCCUCACUCAGGUUCCCUGUGAGAACGUGAUGGUCCGCUACCCAGUGCCCAGCGAAUGGGUGAAAAACUUCCGCAGGGAAAGUGUUCUAGGGGAAAAGUCUUUGAAAGCCAAAGUGAACCGGGGGGCAAGUUUUGGCUCGGCUGGCGUCUCUGGCUCUGAGCCUGUCAUGAGAGUAACUCUGGGAACUGCCAAGUAUGAGCACGCCUUCAAUGCCAUUGUGUGGAGGAUAAACCGACUGCCAGAUAAGAACUCAGCUUCUGGUCACCCACACUGUUUCUUUUGCCACCUCGAACUUGGCUCUGACCGGGAAGUGCCUUCCAGAUUUGCCAAUUAUGUAAAUGUCGACUUCAGCAUGCCCACGACUUCUGCCUCCAAAGCAGCUGUGAGAUCCAUCUCUGUGGAAGACAAACCUGCUGUCAGGAAGUGGGUCAAUUACUCUGCCCACUACAGCUACAAGGUGGAAAUUGAACAAAAAAAGAGUUUGAAGCCAGACUUUGAAGGAGAGGAGUUGGACAACCCAAAGGAAUGUGGGGUGCAGUGACAGCGGCCUACUGUGUAAGGACCUGAGGAAUGCUGACUCACAAUCGGUGUCUUCCUGAAUAUGUUAAGUCAACACCUGCUGUGGCUGCCUCUCGUUGGGGGCAGUCUACCACAGUUUCCUGUGUGCAGUCACCUGUGAGUGAGAGGAAAUCCUGAGAGGGGGUCACUUUCAAUAGUCUCCUUGACGCUGAGCAUGCCUGAAGCACAGGGUGCGCCCGGCUUUUGGAGUGUAUUGUAUAUUGAGCCUCCUUGUCUCUUUUCUGCUUAUAUCAUGACACUGGGGUGUGGUUUAUGGUGACGAUUAGAGACCUGAAGAGAAUGUCCAACAUCAGUCAUGGCACAGUUUGCUCCCGGUAUCCAUCUGUCCCUUGUAGGUUUCUGGAAAAAGCAUUCUGGAAAGUUAAAUCAAGAAUCCAUCUCCAGGGGUCCCUCUAUAAAAAAGUGAGACUUUCAAAACCAUCUCCCCUUUGGGUCUACUAGGCCUUUUCUAGAAAUCUCCAUUCUUUAAAUGCUGAUUUUACUCCACAGAGGUUUUCCAGAUGUUUCCUUUCUAUUCUGGAUUGUUCGAGAUCAAAAUAUUUUUCUUCAACUCCUACUUUCCCAUUUGCUAUCCUGAGUCGUGAUACCCAGUGGGAGAGGUCAAUCAGAUUUUUUUUUUUUCAAAUUCAGGGGUUGAAGCUUAAUUCUACAAAUGGACUGGAUUAGAUUCACGGUCUGUUGAAAAGAACGGAAAGCUGAACUAUUUUUUUCUCCACUUGAAGGAAAGGGGACAUUAUGUAUAAUUAUAUUCAGUUCAAAGACAGCUUCGGUCAUAAUGAAUUGUCAGGUUCUCACCGAUCACCUCUAAUUCCUGAGAUACAGGCAUGGCUAUGGGAAAGGCCUGUGAGAAAGACACUUGGGAGUUCUUUUUAUACCUCAUAGGCAAUGACUGUUACAUGUCCCUUUAACUCGAAAUUUAGAGAAAACUUAAAGAGUAAAAGCUCAAUUGGAAUGAGCUUUGCCUCAAAUAACAGGGUUGGUGGUCAGCAUUCUAAAAGUACAAACAGGCAGACACCUCUGGGGUGGGGCUGGAGAAAGCCAGAUUCCCAGUGUCGUGAACAUGAAAACCUGUUUCUGAGAACCAGAACUUCCCUUUCUGUCCCAUGUUCCCAGCCCACCCACUGUUUCCUGUCCCUGCUUUUUUGUACCUUGGUGUUUUCUCUCCUGAAGGAUAAAGUGAGGAGACAGAAUGCAUAUUUUAUCAGACUUGGGACAUAUAAGGAAAUAUAAAAUACCUGCAAUUUGGGACUGACUGAUUCAAGAUUUAUAUAUUGAGCUCAUAUUCAGUGAGGUCGAUCUAUGUACUGGCCUUAGACAUUAGAAAUCAUUGCAGUGUUUUAAACUGUGUUGUUUUGUUUUCAAGACAGGGUUUCUCUGUGUAGCCCUGGCUGUCCUAGAAUUCUCUUUGUAGACCAGAUUGGCUUUGAACUCAGAGAUUCAUCUGCCUGUCUCGAGUGCAGGUAUUAAAGGCAUGUGCCCCCACCUUCCCCAGUUUGAACUAUGUUUUUAACCAUCUAAGCAUUAGAUUGAAAUGAAAAGGACAAGCUGCAUAGGCAUAAACCUGUAUUUUGAGUUUUUUAAAAUGCCACCCUUUCAGUUCAGAAGUGUGUGUGUUCAUAGAACCCAGGAGGCUGGGUUUUAUAGCAGUUCAUAUAGAAACGUUUUCUUAAGGAAAUGAGAGGUUGGUUUUGAACCAGGUAUUCACAAAGCUAAUGCAUUCCAUCUGUGAUGGUAGGGGUUUAAACAACUCUGCAUGGUGCAUUCGCCCACACAUGCUUGAAUGGAUGCAUGUUGAAUGUGCCCACAGGCAGGUAAGCAAAGUUGUGAAGAUGGUGACUCUAUAAGGACUGGGGGAGGGGGUGGGAGUGUCCUCAGGAACAGAGGGUGUAGCUGCGAACGGAGAACAGUUUGGAAAUGAUGUAAUGGCCGCCACAAAGUUUCAACUAAACUAUAAAAAGGAAGAGGAGUUAGAUUUGCUUUGCAUAACUUCAGAGGCAAACAGAAUAGAAACCGAAGAGAACUUUACAGAUGACAGAUGUUUGCUCAAGAUAAGCAUCUUCUAGUAAGGAGUGCUCUAAAGAAGAAAAAGAUGUCCUGCUGUAGCAGAUGCCCAUGGGUUAACUGAGCCACGCCUAUCCCAGGUGCUGUGGACGGGACUGUCACGUUGGUUUGGAGCGAGAUGACAGGAAAGCUCUUUUCCAAAUAGUCUCGAUUGGAAUGAGACACUCCAACUGGAGACAGCCUUUCUCUGUUUUCGUCCUGUGGGAGGACAGCGGGAUCCUCGAAAAGAACUUGGUCAAAGGAUCCCAUGUCAUUUCUGCUGUUGAGCUAAAGGCCUUCAAGAGUUUUCAGAUACCCAAGUGCUUGAAGCAUGGGCAAGAAGGUCAUCCCUAGCCCGGCGCUGUUAGGGGCCCUGCCUCUGAGGUGGCAUAGAGUACACGAUACCUGUGCUGCCUUCUCUCCCACCCCCUCGGUUAAGUCUUCUUGCUUUGGUGCUUCUCCUGGACUGUUUGGAAUUUUGUUGUUUUACCAGUAAUCAAACAUUGGUUGAAAAAAAAAAAAUAUUCCCCUCUGUGCUAUUUGUAUCUCGUAAGCAAAUUAUCUAAUCUUUAAAAAUCUACUACCUUGGUCACCAGAUUUGUUUUGCCUCCACUGUGCUUAGGGUCAUUCUGGAUAACAGUGUAGGGAGCUGAGGAGUAUGAUAAGAUGUAUUUGAGGACUUAUGAAUAACCUAUAUGAAAACCAUAGUUAGGCAGAUUGCCCUUUUGAUAUACAGAAUGUGUGCUUGCCACAUGGGCCCUCAGUUUUUAUUUUUCCCGUGGUUACAAAAAAAAAAUCUAGUCUAUGUUCUCAAUAAUGAAAAAGUGUAAAAAGAGGAUGGAUUUUUGCCAAUGCAGUUCGAACACGCUUGGGGUCACGUGGUUUCAAAAACUUUAUUUUUGAGUCAAGAGCUUGUUUUUCAACUUUACAGUCAAACAGGACAAAAAAGAUACUCAUUCUACUAUCUCAAACCAGAGGACUGGCUGUGUAGCUCAGUGGUAGAGAACUUGCUUAGCAUGCACAAGUACCAAAUAAACAAGCAACAAAAAGAGUGGGAGGAAUUUUGAGAACAGACACUGACACCUCUCUUGUAGACACAGUGCUGGUUGGUUUUUCAAAAGGCAGCCCUUUGAUCCUAGUAGACUUUUUCUUUUGUUGUUGUUUUGUUUCCUGUUUGCUUCCCCACCUCACUACCUUCCCACCUUUCUGUCCAGGCUUGUCCUCAAGAUUAUCCCUUCAUUCAAAAGAGUCCUUCUUUGAAAUGAGACUAAUUUCUGUGCAGAAACCUGCCUGGGAUCAGGAAUGUAUGUCCCUAGAAGGUCUACUCCUGAGGAAUGUGCUACAUGAAGACAAACUAUUGUGGUUAUUACUGAACCACUCUCCUUGUGAUUUAAAGGCCUGCCACAAAGUGUGAGCCCAGCCCCCUUAACUCCUUACUGCUAAGUCAAAUACACUCACUAAAUGAGUGGAAAUCAUCAGCGCUUUGGCUCUAAGACCGCUCAUCCUUUGCUUAGUUAGCAUCCGGUCCUCACAUUACAACUAACAAGCAGCAUUCAUUUUCCAGAGGACUUAAACACUUAUAUUUUGCUUUUAUUCCUGCCACCAGUGUCAACCCAGCGUCAGGACAGAGGCACUUACUGUGUGGCUGACCCUGACCCACAACAGACCUUAUUCAUAAUGAGAAACAUUUCUGCACUCAGAGAUGGAGGGGCGCAGGUGUUGGCCACAGUUAGGCUAUCGAUCCAGUUUUAUUGCUGCCAGUCACACAGACCUGUGGGCCCUGCCUGGCCUUGCCUACAAGAGUAAGUAGUGGAAGAUGCAAGUGUCUGAUGGAGCACACAGCCAGUCCUGCUCUGUCAGGUCUUUGUCUCCCCACAUUGACCAGUGCCUCUGUGUACACCACAUCCCCACAUGGGAUGGGGAUCUGAGAUGGGAAAGCUGAGGCUCACCAGGUGAAAUCAUGAUUUCAAAAUUUCUACUUUAUAAUCAGUUUAGGGGGAGAGAGAGAGAGAGAGAUUGAGCUGACCUUUUUCUAUUUUUCCUUAAAAGUUCAAGGAAUUAAUUGUUAUGUGUUGGAAGUGAUACCAUCCAACCUACUUGUAUAAUUUCUUCUGGUAAAAACUGGUAUUUUUUUAAAAGUGUUUCAAGAUAGGUUUUCCCUGUGUAGCUCUGGCUGUCUUGGAAUUCACUGUGUAGACCAGGCCUGCCUUAAACUCAAAGAGCCACCUCCCUCUGCCUCCUGAGUGCUGGGAUUAAAGAUGUGUGCCACCACCACAAAGUUAAUUCUUCUAAGAAUGGUUGAUUUAAAUUAAUCAAUCCUAGCUUGUCUGAAGUUGAGGUUAUGAUUAGAUUAGACUUUGAUAGAGAAUUCAUGAACAGAGCUAACAAAAAUUAAAAAUAUGCCAUUGCCGGGCGGUGGUGGCACACACCUUUAAUCCCAGCACUCGGGAGGCAGAGGCAGGCGGAUCUCUGUGAGUUGGAGACCAGCCUGGUCUACAGAGCUAGUGCCAGGACAGGCUCCAAAGCCACAGAGAAACCCUGUCUCAAAAAAACAAAAAAAAAAAAUGCCAUCUAGUAAAUGAAUCUUGUGUUAACACUUCUACCAAGUUGUGAUAGCAUUUUCUUUAGAAUUAGUCAAUGUAUUCUCACCAUGAUUCUAAUUGAUGUUUUCCAAACAUGACCAGUGUCAAUUUACCAGUUCCCUACACAUGACCAUGUUUUAUUUAUGCUCUUGUAAAUGAGAUUGGUUUUGGAUAUUAUCAUUUAUAACUGAAGGAAAUACAGAAAGCAGUCUUAAGAGUAGGAACAAAUGCAUGUAUUAGUAAUAGUCCCAUGGUCACUCAAGUAAAAACAUGGAAGUUUUAUUUUUCUUCUAGUGUGCCUUAGACAAUUUGCCAAUGAAAGUUCAGUCUUAUGCGGGAGAAUUGUCUGUAUUCUGUCAAUCAUGUUUUAAAUAAAUGUUGAUUGGCCAGGCAGGAAGUAUUGGUGGGAAAACCAGAAAGGAAAUAGAAAUGAGGUAAUGAGAACAGGAGAAUUCUGGGAAGGAGGAAGUUGAUUCCUCCCACUCCUGCCCAGACCACCGAAGCAAAAGGAUGUGAUCUGCCCCGCUGAAAAAAGAUACUGAGCCACAUGGCUAACAUAGAUCAGAAAAAUGGGUUAAUCAAGAUGUGAGAGUUAGCCAAUGAGAGGCUAGAGCUAAUGGGCCAAUCAGCUUUAUAACUUACAGAGAUCUUUGUGUGAUUUUCUUUGGGCCUAAGCAGCUGGGGGUACCGGGAAGGACAGAAACCCCAACAAGCAGGUCUAGCCCUUCUUGUUACAGUCUUAUACUUUAAGAAUUGAAAGGGGGGGGCUGGAGAAAUGGCUCA